AUGGGAAAAUUGGGAAAAAUAAGCGUAGCAGAAUUAACAUUUCAAUAUUUAUUGACGAGUUUUUCAACAGCAAACCUAAAAUCAACUAAAUCGGAAAUGAAUCGAGAUGGAUUUCAAUUCAAGCAUUAUCCAUAUCCGGAUGACCACAUACUUUUAGGGAAUAACAGCUGUGGAGUUAAAACUUUUAUUAAUGGAAUUAGUUGGACGGAGCCAUUAAGUUGGAGCACGACAUUUUGCCCAUCGAAUAAUAUUAAUAUCAGAGCUGCAAUUGUAUUCUUUAAAUUGGGCUUAAUUGAGGUUGUAGAAAAACAAUAUCUUAAAUCAUGA